AUUCGACAGCCAGCAGCUGUAUUAUCUUCAUAUUUUGUUGAUUGUGAUUGGGUAAUAAAUAUAUCGUCGUAAUUCGUACACAAAGAGUGAAAUGAAAUAGUCUACACGGAAAGUUUUACGUUUUAAGUGAAUAAUUUCCAUUAUAACCAUGGGCUUGUUACAUAUUUUUAGUUUUGUGGUGAUUUAUUUGACUUGCUCAUCAUCUUUCACAAAUGCAGACACUUGUGUACAGAAGACCCCGUGUUCAUGUGUCUUUUCAAAUGGCACCGGAAUCGACCUCACGCCCGCAAUUUCAGCGGAGUUUUAUACAGCGGAUGUAUUUGCAGUCAGGAUGAAUGGUUCGCAGUAUGAAAUGAGUACCUAUUUCUAUCAUCCUUGUUACGAUGUUAGCAUGAACGUUAGCCAAGUUGGGCCACAAAAUACCUGCACAUCACCUUUGUCGAUCUGUCGCCAUGUAUACACAAUGAGUUUGUUAACAAACAAGACGUAUACACUUGAUGAUGGUGCAUACAACUUCAUGGGCAGGACUAAUAUAUCAAAUUUCUCUGAUCAAGGAAACUCUAUCAUAUAUCCCAAUGGCCCAUCUGAAACGAUAGUACUAUUGCAGUGUGCUGAGACAGACAACAGGCUACAAGUGUAUUCAUUAACGGAACCAGAUAAAAUUGUGCUAGCGUUCUAUUCAAGAGAUGCCUGUCUGAAACAAAUCGAAGUAGCGGGAAGGUCAUUUGGAUCCACACUCUUGAUCAUAUUCUUUUCGUUUGUCGUCUUCUAUCUGGUUCUUGGAAUCUGCACUAAGAAGUUCCUGAUGGGAGCGACAGGCGUUGAAGUUAUACCCAAUCUUGCUUUCUGGUCGGAGUUGCCCAACCUUGUCAAGGAUGGUUGGGUGUUCAUGUGCAACGGCUGCAAGUUGCCCGCGAGAGGCGCCGGCCCCACCGUGUCACCCGACCCUAACAGCUACGACAGCAUUUAACAUCAGGGAGACGAAGACCUCUCUGAAGGUUACCUCGUCUUUGUGGAAUAGACAAUCUGACUGUGUUCUUCAUUUAAAUAUUUCUUUUUCUUUACGCUCAGCUGUAGUCACAUUUGCGUGUGCAUAGACUAAGAUGUUACCUCCUUUCAAAUUAAAACUCGAAUGAUAUUUAUUUCACUUUUUUUUUAUUCAGCGCAAAUGUUAUUAUAGCUGACUGUAGUGUGACUGUUUAGCAAUUCAGUCAUUAUUUUAAACAGACAAUUCAAGCGAAUUUUCAAGAACUUUCUCUGUGUAGUAGAUAAUUAUAUUAAAAUAUAAUAUUUCUGAAAUUAGACGUGCAAUACUGUCUGAAUAAUCUCCAUAUGAAUCAUAAUAAUCUUACAUAUAUUUCCAUAAUAAAUGCAUAAUAAGGCUUUUGUGAACACAUAUUUCUAGUAGUGUCGCAUUGUUAAAUGUAGAAUAUUUUAAGUAAAUCGUGUUUUACUUGAAAAUAUGUGCACAUCGAUAUAUAUUUUUAAGAGGCAGUUGUGGUUGGUUCAAGUACUGCAGGCCUAUUUAUUGUAAUGGAUGUUGAUGACUUGUAAUUUAAAUAUAUUUUUAUAUCUGCAUUGGCAUGAAGCUAGUGACGAGUAUGAUACUUGCCAUACAAUAUGUUCUAUAUGUGCUGCUAUUGAUCAUUGUUUUCAGUAUAUUUAUAUAAAAUAAUUUAAUUUUCUCAUAUGAUUUAGUAUAGAAUCUCUUCCAACAUUAAACAAAAAUCUUCCACGUUAUCUUUUCUGACAUUUUAAGUAUUUCGAUUGUGCCAAUUUAGUCCAAAAUUAGUUUAAUUUUAUGUAUACUUUCAAAUCAUAUACAAUAUUAUGAUAAGAGCAGAGAAGCAGAGAAGAGCAGGUAAUAUUAUCUACCGUUUCACCUACGUGUAUUUUUGGCUGCGUGGCAUCUUGCCGAAUUCUUGCUUUUUAUACAACUUUACACCUGAUGAAUAUACAUAAUACAAAAAAUAUUAAAAUAGCUAAAUAAAUGUAGCCUCUGCGCUGAUCGGCAAUGUAUCUACGCAGCAUAUUUUCCUAUGUAUUUUAUGCAAAAGCAUAUCUAAUUACUGUAACAUUUCGAUACUGAUUUUUCGAAUCUCCAAAAAUAUUUCGACCAAAUAUAUAAUAUUUUCAUACUUCUCUUACUCUUUCUAAAAUCUUAUUUUGUUGAAUAUUAUAUUAAUAAUGUAGCUAUAUAAUAUAUCAUCAUUUGUAUUGUCACUAACUGAAUAAAAUCUUAGUUUAUAUUUCUAUACGGAAUUCGAAUAAAUAACAUUACGAACUCAUAUGUGAAUCUUCGAGACUAUAUUUAUAUUCAUGAUAAUCACCAAUUUCCUGUUGCACAAAUGUAUUAUUUGCAUAAUAUAAUAGUACACAACAAAUAUGUAAUCAAAUAUAUUGCUGGAACUGUUUGUAAUCGGUUAAAUAAGAUGGUUUAGGGCUAAAACAAACUUGCUACAUUUAGCUUAUCUACGAUUGUUGCUUUAUGCGACUUGGCUUGUCAACAGCGCUCAAUAUCGAAUAUCAAACUUGAAUAAACUGGAAUAAACUCGAAUAAACGUGAAUAAACUCGAAUAAAUUCGAAUAUAAAAUCAGUAAAUGUCACCGCUAAAAGUAGUUAGUCUGCUUCAGCCCUCGAGUGAAUGAAUGCAUAAUUAUAAGCACUAGUCAUUGUUAGUUUCACUACGCACUAUUUUACACAACGCUUGUUAAGUUUUUCACGAUCACUGGUAAUAAAUAUCAACGCAUGCUGUAUACCAUUUCAUAAAUAUAUAAUUCAACUCAAAAUCAUAGGUUUGUAUAGAAUGCAGUUGUAAAUUUCAUAAUAAAAAUGUAACCUCUAUUUGUAAAUCAGCUAGCUAUACAAUAUACAAUUGGUGUUUUAAUGUUUAAUGUUAUAAUAUAAAUAUUAGCUAAUGUAUUAAUUAGUAUACUCUGUCAUAAUCAACAGUUCCGUAACACAUUACAUAUCUUACAGUUUAAACUCCUACAAUUUUUAAAUACAUUGAAUUUGUUUUUUAAAUAAGUAAAUUUCCAAAAGUAUCAAGAUUAUCGUGAAAUAUACUGGGUACUAAAAAAAUACGUUGUCAUAAUAUUAUGUUCAAGUGCAAAUAUUAUAUUACUUAUGUUGAAUUUGAACAUCUUGAAUAAGGACAGUUUUUGGCAUUAUCUAUGCCAGUCUAAUAAUGAAUCGGUGAAUCUCUGGAAUGCCUUACUGUUACUGUUACUGUUACAGCCUUUUUAUCGUCCCACUGCUGGGCACAGGCCUCCUCUCACACGGAGAAGGAUUGAGCAUUAAUGCGUUACUGGUUAGGAUAAAUUAUAAUAAUGAUGUACGGCUACACCUGAAGAAGUAUGAACAAAUUGUAGAAUUGGGAUUGGCCAAUUAAUCAUGAAAAUUUAGAAUUACGCGUAUCAUAGCGUGCGGUUGUCUUAUUUCAAUGUUUUCAAAAUGACAAAAAGACAUACUAAUCUUCUAGUGUCAAGAUUUCAUAAAUAAGGUUAGGUACGUGAUUAUCGAAUUUUUCAGAACGAAGAAAAGAUUGGGAUCAUCUCGAAUGUAGUAUAGAAAUUGUAAAUUGAUAUAAAUUGUAGAUUUUACAAGCGAUUAGGGUUUGGACAGGAUUUUGAAGUGCUAUUUACACCGAUUUAUUAAACAGAAGAAAUGUUAUUAUAGUUUGUCAGACAGAUGUGAUUCAACCUUUAAAUCUAAUGUUGUCGAAAUAAUUCAACUUUGUAUGAAU